AAGAAAAUUGCGAUUUGUGUUUGUGUUACUUGUGCUUUAUGAAAUGAGUAAUAAAUUAUAAAAAAAUUGAUCGCCGAUUUUGUGUUAACCGCGAUUUAAAAACACUCAGAACUUUCGAAUAUUUAAAGCAAAUCGAGUGGCAAUGAGUGCCGAAAAGUCCGAAUGGGAGUCCAGUCAGUUCAGAAAAUACGAUUUAAAUUUAGAAGAAAUCCCCAGAUUGCACUGCGAUGAUCCCAGAGUGGAUGAAUUAAUGCAAAAAAACCAACCUGUACUGAUAACUGGCUCAAACCUCGUGAAAUCGGCCGUGGAUAAAUGGACGUUGGAUUAUUUGGAAAAGAAUUUAGACAAAUCGAACCACACAGUGUUCGUCUCGAGGAACCACAAAUUCAAAUACUUCGACGAGAAAAAGAUUUACAGCAAAACCAGCCCGAAGGGCGUGGAAUUCUCGCCUCCCACGAAACGAGUGGAGAUGAAAGUAGCCGAUUUCGCGAAGAAACUGAACGAAUGGAAACGAGGCGAUGAGAGGUUAUACCUUCAGGAGUCCUUAAAUUCAAGCAUGGGCUCGACUAUCGUAGAAGACUUUUUAAAAUUCAAUUGGCAAUUCGUUACGGAAAAGAAGAACAAGUACCAUUGGGGCGAAUUGACCUCGAACGUUCUGUUCGUAGCGAUGGAGGGCAACGUCACGCCCUGUCACUACGAUGAGCAGCAGAAUCUUUUCGCUCAAAUAGCCGGUUACAAAAGGUGCAUUUUAUUCGCUCCGGAUCAAUUCGAAUGUCUCUAUCCACAUCCGGUUUACCAUCCGCAUGAUAGACAAAGCAUGAUUGAUUUUGAUCGUCCCGAUUACACCAAAUACCCUAAAUUUAAGAACGUGAAAGGCUGUGAAACUGUUGUUGGUCCAGGUGAUGUGCUGUAUAUUCCUAUUUAUUGGUGGCAUCAUGUCGAAUCUUUAAUGAGAGGUGGACCUACAAUCACUGUUAAUUUUUGGUAUAAAGCCGGUCCUACUAAUCUAGAAUAUCCGUUACAAGAUCACCAGAAAGUGUCUAUAAUGAGAAACGUGGAGAAAAUGCUAUUGGAAGUGUUACAGGAACCAAAGGAAGUGGGGCCAUUGCUGAGAACCAUGGUGUUAGGAAGAUAUUCUGAACCUUAAAAAAAGCUAAGUAUUACUUUACUAAAAAAGUUAGAAAUGAACUUAAUUUGUGGCUUAAAUUCAUUUCUAAUUUUUGUUGUUUGCCAACAAUCUAGUCUUUGCGAAAAGUGAGCGCCUCCAAUAAGUCAAUGUUUUUCUUGCUUAUUACUUUUUUUCUAAUAUUUCUUUUAUAUUUACUUUCCUAUUUUUGCUACGUCUGGAACACUUUUGUUCCAAAAUUAGGGCUAAACGACUUAUUAGUCUGAUGAUUAAAACUGAUCUUAUACUGUCCCACAGAUAUAUUUUUCUAUAUUUCUAUGGUUAUUUUUUACGGGCGGAAAUUACAUAUUUUAAGCCGUGAACAAAUUUAUUUGGGAUUUGGUGUAUAUUAUUCUAUAAAAUAGUUUUUAUUUAUUACUCUGCUGUAUAGUAAGUUCUAAAAUGUUUGUGAUCGAUAUUGUUUGUACUGUUUCUCGAUUUUUUAUUUAUUUUUGGUUCGUUAUGAAAAGUGGUCAGUAAAUUAUUUAUUCGCCAAGGAGUUUAUUAAAAAAAGUAUUGAAAUUGUAUCUUCUAUUAUAUUUGAAAAAUUUUAUCGAAGAAGGUGCGCUGAUAUUAUUUACCAAAUUUUAGUUCUAGUUGAAAUCGUAAACUCCUAUUGUACUGAAAUAACAAACAAGCUUAUUGAAAUGACUACUUUACUAAAUUGUAAGUUAGAUAUUCCAAAAUUUAAAAAAAAACAACAUAUCAAUUGGUCGUACCGCUAAUUGUAAAAAUUGAUUAUUACAAAUUAUAAAUUAUUCGAAUGUUUCUAAAUACUUGUUUUAUAACUAUUAUUAAAAAUUUUAUACUUAAAUAAAAA